CGGCUGAAAACUAAACCGAGAUGGAAUCUCCCAGUCUGAACCGGUUUCAACCGGUUGCGAGUUAGUUGCUUGAGAGAGGAGAGGAGGCGCAGGCACACAACCUCUACACCGCCCCGCUCGGAGAAAACACAAGAGUAACGAAAUAAUUAGUGAAUCAAGGUUGACUUUGUUUCGUACAAUGUUUCGGAGUAAAAUAUUGCUGUGUUUGCCGCGAUAAUAGCUUUGGGAAGCCACAUCAGUGGUGGUUAGCAGCCAGACAUCCCUCACUGCUGGAGCUGGAGAUAGUCAACGCUGCAGAAAUAGGAAAUCUGUCCUAAUCAACACUGAAGUACUCACUAGACCCUGUAGCUUCUUGGGCAAACGCCACUGUUUUCAGUCAGAGCCUCGGACUUUAGAGCUCUAUGCCAGCAAUUAUGACAAUGUUAGCAGACCAUGCAGCACAGCAGCUGCUGGACUUCAACCAGAAACUGGAUAUCAACCUGCUGGAUAAUGUGGUGAACUGUCUAUAUCACGGGGUGGGACCGCAGCAAAGAAUGGCACAAGAAGUGUUGACGCACUUAAAAGAGCACCCGGACGCCUGGACGAGAGUGGACACCAUCCUCGAGUUCUCCCAGAACAUGAACACCAAAUACUAUGCCCUUCAGAUUCUGGAAACGGUUAUCAAAACAAGAUGGAAGAUUCUCCCCAGGAAUCAGUGUGAAGGUAUAAAAAAGUAUGUUGUUGGUCUCAUUAUCAAGACUUCAUCAGACGCAUCAAAUGUGGAGAAAGAAAAGGUGUACAUCGGCAAGCUGAACAUGAUCCUUGUCCAGAUCCUGAAGCAGGAGUGGCCCAAGCACUGGCCCACCUUCAUCAGCGACAUUGUCGGAGCGAGUCGCACCAGUGAGAGCCUUUGUCAGAACAACAUGAUCAUUCUCAAACUGCUCAGCGAGGAGGUCUUCGAUUUCUCCAGUGGACAAAUGACCCAGGUCAAGGCCAAGCACCUAAAGGACAGCAUGUGCAAUGAAUUCUCCCAGAUAUUCCAGCUCUGCCAGUUCGUCAUGGAAAACUCCCAGAACGCCCCCCUGGUCCACGCCACCCUGGAGACCCUCCUACGUUUUCUCAACUGGAUUCCUCUGGGGUACAUCUUUGAAACCAAACUGAUCAGCACAUUGGUGUAUAAGUUCUUGAACGUGCCCAUGUUUCGCAAUGUGACACUGAAGUGCCUCACAGAGAUCGCCGGUGUGAGCGUCAGCCAGUACGAGGAGCAGUUUGUCACGCUCUUCACCCUGACCAUGUGUCAACUCAAACAGAUGCUGCCUCUGAACACCAACAUCCGGCUGGCCUACGCCAACGGGAAGGACGACGAGCAGAACUUCAUCCAGAACCUCAGUCUGUUCCUCUGCACUUUCCUCAAAGAGCACGGGCAGCUCAUCGAGAAGCGGCUCAACCUCAGAGAAACAUUAAUGGAGGCCCUCCACUACAUGCUGCUGGUGUCCGAGGUGGAGGAGACGGAGAUCUUCAAAAUUUGUCUGGAGUAUUGGAACCACUUGGCUGCAGAGCUCUACAGAGAGAGUCCCUUCUCUACGUCCACGUCCCCGCUGCUCUCCGGCAACCAGCACUUUGACGUUCCACCACGCAGACAGCUCUACCUGCCCGUACUCUCCAAGGUGCGUCUGCUCAUGGUGAGUCGGAUGGCAAAGCCAGAGGAGGUGCUGGUGGUGGAGAAUGACCAGGGAGAGGUGGUCAGAGAGUUCAUGAAGGACACCGACUCCAUCAACCUCUACAAGAACAUGAGAGAAACCCUCGUGUACCUGACUCACUUGGACUACGCAGACACAGAACGCAUAAUGACGGAAAAGCUUCACAACCAGGUGAACGGCACAGAGUGGUCCUGGAAGAACCUCAACACGUUGUGCUGGGCCAUCGGCUCCAUCAGCGGGGCCAUGCACGAGGAGGACGAGAAGAGGUUCCUGGUCACUGUCAUCAAGGAUCUGCUGGGUCUGUGCGAGCAGAAGAGAGGGAAGGACAACAAGGCCAUCAUAGCCUCCAACAUCAUGUACAUUGUCGGCCAGUAUCCACGCUUUCUCAGAGCCCAUUGGAAGUUCCUCAAAACCGUCGUCAACAAACUCUUUGAGUUCAUGCACGAGACGCACGAUGGUGUUCAGGACAUGGCCUGUGACACGUUCAUCAAGAUCGCCCAGAAGUGCCGGCGCCACUUUAUCCAGGUGCAGGUGGGAGAGGUGAUGCCCUUCAUCGACGAGAUCCUCAACAACAUCAACACCAUCAUCUGUGACCUUCAGCCUCAGCAGGUGCACACAUUCUAUGAGGCAGUAGGUUAUAUGAUUGGUGCUCAGACGGAUCAGGCUGUUCAAGAGCACCUGAUAGAAAAAUACAUGCUGCUGCCCAACCAAGUGUGGGACAGCAUCAUUCAGCAGGCCACCAAGAACGUGGACAUCUUGAAGGACCCAGAAACGGUGAAACAGCUGGGCAGCAUCCUAAAGACCAACGUCCGAGCUUGCAAGGCCGUGGGACACCCCUUUGUCAUCCAGCUGGGACGGAUUUACCUGGACAUGCUCAACGUCUACAAGUGCCUCAGCGAGAACAUCUCUGCUGCCAUUCAGACAAAUGGUAAGGGAGGUGAGAUGGUGACGAAGCAGCCCCUGAUCCGGAGUAUGAGAACGGUGAAACGAGAGACACUGAAACUGAUCUCAGGCUGGGUCAGCCGAUCAAACGACCCACAGAUGGUUGGGGAGAACUUUGUCCCGCCGCUGCUGGACGCCGUCCUCAUCGACUAUCAGCGCAACGUCCCCGCCGCCCGCGAGCCCGAGGUCCUCAGCACCAUGGCAACCAUCGUCAACAAGCUGGGGGGACACAUCACCAGCGAGAUACCCCAGAUCUUUGAUGCCGUCUUCGAGUGCACACUAAACAUGAUCAACAAGAACUUUGAGGAGUUCCCGGAGCACAGGACUCACUUCUUCUACUUACUGCAAGCGGUGAACUCUCACUGCUUCCCCGCAUUCCUCGCAAUCCCCCCUGCCCAGUUCAAACUGGUGCUGGACUCCAUCAUCUGGGCCUUCAAACACACCAUGAGGAACGUGGCUGAUACUGGUCUGCAGAUUCUCUACACGCUGCUGCAGAAUGUGGCCCAGGAGGAAGCAGCCGCUCAGAGUUUCUACCAGACGUACUUCUGUGAUAUCCUACAACACAUCUUCUCUGUGGUCACCGACACAUCGCAUACUGCUGGCCUGACGAUGCACGCGUCCAUCCUGGCCUACAUGUUCAACCUGGUGGAGGAGGGGAAGAUCACCACGGUGCUGAACCCUUCCAGCCCCACCAACAACCAGGGCUUCAUCCAGGAGUACGUCGCCAACCUGCUCAAGACCGCCUUCCCUCACCUACAAGAUGCUCAGGUGAAGGUGUUUGUGACCGGGCUGUUCAGCCUAAACCAGGAUAUUCCCGCCUUCAAGGAGCACCUUAGGGACUUCCUCGUCCAGAUAAAGGAGUUUGCCGGCGAGGACACCUCGGACCUGUUCCUGGAGGAGAGAGAGGCGUCGCUCCGUCAGGCCCAGGAGGAGAAACACAAGAUCCAGAUGUCCGUCCCGGGCAUCCUCAACCCGCACGAGAUCCCAGAGGAGAUGUGCGACUGAGCACCAGCUCCUUCAGACUGUACAGUAGUCCAAACAAACAAACAAACAAAUCAACUCUAACCGCAGCAAACACAACGAAAACCCAAGAGAGGCACUUGAGUGUGGGGGGAGGGGGGGAGGGGGGCUCGCCCUCCGCAGAGCGGGUCGUCCCACCGGAUGUUUGUUGACCAAAACAAUGCCAACAAUGUGUACAUGAUUACCGCGUCACCCUGUGGCCCUUUUUACAUAAUCUGCGUUUUCUAUGGAGACUUUUUUGUGUAAUAUCUUUCCAGAACUGUUAAUCGAAGCUAACGUUUGUCGGUCUCUGGCCCAUCCCAAGACCUGCAUGAGGAGGUUGUAACGAUUAGACUUAACCAUCUUGUUUGUGUUCUGUUCCCUCCACCUUCCACGUCCUUUUUUUUUUUUUUUUUUUUUUUUUUAAACCCCAGCUUCCCUUUUUCCCAUAUAUUUGUUUAUGUAUAAAUAUAUUAUAUAUAAUGUCUGAGCAGGCUUCUAGACCCGUGGUGUGACGGACAGGAAGUGGUCUUUCAGCACCGGACGCGCUGCUCGUUCGGUGCCCCCCGGUGCAUCGUGGGAGAAUGUGAAUCGAACAGAUUAAUGAAUGAAGGCGGAGAGAUGCUGCUCCGCGUGUCGGUGUCGGUCGCUCAUCGCUGUGUGGCUGCUGCCGGCAGGUUUUUUCUUUUUAGGGAAAGCAAAACCGAAUAUGUGCAUAUCAUCCCAAUUGUAUAGCAUCUUUAAGACCAUGGGAACAUUUUUUUUUUUUUUUUCUUUUUAUUCUAUUGUUUCUUUUUGUUUCGGUGUGUGCGCGUGUGUGCUGUCGCCUAGUCGACAUCAGCGUUUUGUUUUCCUCUAAGAGGAUUGUUGCUCAUUUGUGAGCCUUCAUCAACGGGAUGUUUUAAGGAAGUGGCGGAGGUAUUUAUGGGUUCUUAGUUGGUUGCAUCUUUAUAACAGCUCCUGUUUAACUCAGAUGGCUUUUGAGAUUUUUUGGAAUUGUACUAAUUUAGAUUGUUUACCAGGCGGUAGUGCUCCAAGACGCUACCUUUAGAGCAAAAUGACAAAAAAAUAAAACUGGGUUUACAUUUGAUUUUGUAUUUUUGCAUUUUGUUUUCAGUUGUACCUUGUUUGAGUUCAGACCGAAUAAAACAAAAGGCUUUUUUUUUUUUUUUUUUUGGUCCGGAGAGCAAAUGAAUUGCCAACGAGUUUAAUUAGGAAAAGAAUGUAUAAAUCCAAAUAAGCACCCAAUCUCUAAUGGCAAAUUCCCCUUCUCAAGGUGUUACAGUUGUUGUGAACUUUUUGAACUGAUUAAAGCUGAGAAUUUUAUAACCCUGCCUUUGCUCAGAUUUUGUUUCAUUUUUAUAGGAUGUUAAUUUUGAGUCAGUCC